ACCUUAGGAGGUGACCUGUUUGGUAAACAGGGUCAUUGCAGAUGUAAUUAGUUACAGUUAACUCAUGAGAGUGGACCCUAACCCAUUCUGACCGGUGUCCUUACAAGAGGAGGGCGUCUGAACAUAGACACACAGGGGGACACCAUGGGAGGGGGAUGCCAAGGCCCAACGCCCCAGGAGCCCUGAAGACUGCUGCAAACCACCUGCAGCUGGGAGCGGGGGCAGCCUGGAGCCGGUGUCCCCAGAAGCAUCAGGAGGAGCCAGCCCCGCCACACCUCCGUGUGGGACAUCUGACCUCGAGAACCGAGAGCGAUCACGUUUCGUGGCUGAAGCUGCCCAGGGUGUGGUAUUUGUGGGGGCCCUAACUCCUUUCUCACCAGGUGAAGCCCUGCAGACACCUGGGGAUGCACCGCCAUCUGCACAGCCGGGGCACCGGUGCCGCCAUCAUGUCAACGGCCAUGAAUUUUGGGUCUAAGAGCUUCCAGCCGCGGCCCCCGGACAAAGGCAGCUUCCCGCUGGAUCACUUUGGCGAAUGUAAAAGCUUUAAGGAGAAGUUCAUGAAGUGUCUCCGCGACAACAGAUUCGAAAAUGCCUUGUGCAGAAAUGAGUCGAAGGACUACUUAGAAUGCCGAAUGCAGAGGCAGCUGAUGGCACAGGAGCCCCUGGAAAAACUGGGAUUUGGAGAUUUGCUCCAUGGAAAACCAGAGGCAGAAACUAAUUCUUGAUGGGAAGAGGCCUGUCCACCGGCUGCUGGGUCAUCCAGGUUGGAGCGUGUCCGGUGACCUAGUCACCUGAUGAUUUACGGCUAGUUGCUAUGACUUCUUCUAGAACACCCUCUUUGAUGGAAGCGUCUCCUCUUCAUGUUUCCCAGGUUAUUUUGAGAAAUGAUUGUUCCCUUUAGGUCUCAUUUCCCCUCAGGGGUGGUAGGUUUUAUCUUUACACUGGGAGAGUUCUUAGGGAGACCUGGGGCGGGUGGGAGGGGAGAGAGCCGAGGCACGCCCGCUGCGCAAGGGGCACACCAGGCUCUGUGACAAGGGGACCCGGCUCCGGGACACCGUCUGUAGCUUUGCAGAACUGAUGCACUGAAUGCUUGCAGCUCCAGCCCGUCACAUAGACACUGUCAGAAAACUUUCCUGACAAAAGGGUUUCCUUUUGUGCUCUUAUGUGCCCAUUUCUUUCUUUUUUUUUUUAAACAAAAUACAGAAUAUAAACUUGGAAAUGAGAGAUUGUUGGCAUUUGAUGUAUUUGACUCACUUUUUUCUGGUAAUGCCUGAAACACCAGGAUAUUUCCAUCAGAGGCUCAUUUUCUGACCUGUGUGGGUCUACAUUAAAGCAUUUGAUUUCAGUG